CUUCAGAGUGACGAGUCUGAGGAAAAAGUUAAAAAAAAAAAACAAAAAAAAACAAAAAGCAAAAUAAACAAAGUUUUGAAGAGAGGAGAAUCCAUCAUGGCGGCGGUCCGAGCAGCUGGAUCUUAGCGGGGCUGUGAGCAGCUUCAGGCCGAGCUCAGAGCAUCUGUCAGCGGAGAGACGGCAUGUAGCAGCCCGGUUUGGUGGCAUCAUGGCCGCUGUGAACGUCAAAAACACCCGCACAGACACGGCCGAGCCCCGCGGAGACAUGACGGAUCACCCGGCGGGAAGGUGUGAGCCCCGUGGCCGGGGAAAGGCUCCAGGUGGCGGCUGGAAGAGGGACAUCAUCCGGCAGCUGAAGCACCGAGACCGGAGCCAGCACGCCAUGUUCACGGACCUGAUCCGCUUCUACACUCAGCUGUUGGAGAAAAGCAGCCUGGCCAAAGGAAUCCUGAGCUGCUCAUCCAGACGUCCCUCCUCUGACAGCAGCAGCAGCUCUCUCUCCUCCCUGCUUCACCAGAACAACCAGCUGAAGAAGACGACUGGAGAGCUGGCCUAUCAGGUGGUGGAGCUGCAGCAGCAGAUUAAAAUCAAAGACUGUAUUCUGGAGAAACAACAUACCAGGCUGUCUGAGGAUGAGCAGCGGUGUGCAGGUGCAUUUGAUGCCCGUCAGUCACUGCAAGAGCGGGUGGAUCAGGUUCAAGAGCAGAACGGGGCACUGAAGAUGGAGUACGACUCCCUGCUGGAGCGUCAGAGACAGGCAGAGGCCAAACUGAGAGAGGAGAAGGUGAGAGGAGGAAACCUGCUGGAGGACAUGAUCCACCUGAAACAGCAGGCGGCCGCUCGCAUGAACAACCGCAACGAACGCAGGUCCAGAGCUCGAGAGGCUCACCUACAGAAAGAGCUGCAGAUAGCUGCAAGGUCAAAGGUCAACAUAGACAGCUGCUCCAGCGCUCCGGCCUCCAGAUCCACGUCUCCGAAGAAUGACAACCAGGAUGAGUCCAACCAGAAAGGACAUGCUCGACUCUUCAGGUCGGCGUCAGCAACGUCUCCCAGGAUCCUUUCCUCUAUCAGAGAGAUGUUUCACAGGAAGAGGCGGGGCCACUCUGUGUGCUGUCUGGAGGAGGAUCUGAUGAGUCCUGUAGGGGUCUGCCUGUAUGCCAGAGUCCCAGCCAGAGCCCGACAAGUCCUGGAGGCCCAUGAGCAGGGCAUCAACGCUUUGAGGUUCAGCCCCAGCUCAGACCUGUUGGCGACUGGGGGAACGGACCGAGUCAUCAAACUGUGGGAGGUCAGAGCAGGCUUGCUGACCCACAGAAUGACAAUGGACGGCAGCACAGAGGGGAUCACCUGCAUCGACUUUGACCCGGCGGGUUCCAGGAUUCUUGCUGCAUCCUAUGAUAAAUCAGCCCUGUUGUGGCGGCUGGAUGACCCCGUUCCCAAGCUGACUCUGACGGGUCACAGCAGGAAGGUGACGGUGGCGAGGUUCAGCUCGCUUCUCCAUCAGGUGGUGACAGGCAGCGCAGACAGAACCAUCAGACUGUGGGACCUGCACAGAGCCGCCUGUGUGCAGGUAGCUGAGGUGGCGUCAUACUGCAGCGACCUGGUUUGUUCUGAGAACUGCAUCAUCAGCGGACACUUUGACUGUAAGAUCAGAGUGUGGGACACCAGAGUGAGAGUCGGCUGCGUUCAGGAGCUUCCUGCUCAGGGUAAAGUCACCUCAUUGGACAUCAGCUCUGACCACCGUCAGCUGCUCAGCUGUUGCCGGGACGAUUGCCUCCAGCUGGUUGACCUUAGGAGGUGGAGCAACGACCGAAUGUGCUUCAGAGCUGAAGGAUUCAAAUGUGGCAGUGACAGCACCAAGGCCGUGAUCAGUCCAGACAGUUGUUUCCUGGCAGCUGGGUCAGCAGAUGGCACCGUCUACAUCUGGAACGUCUCCACAGGUGACCUGGAGACACACCUACCUGACAAACACAGUUCGUCCAUCAGUGCCGUGGCGUGGUCUCUGUCCGGGGAAUACUUCGUCAGCGUGGAUAAAAGUCGGCUGGCCGUCCUCUGGAGUGACAUCUAACAGCCAAUCCAAAGAGAGGUCACGAGGUCAAGGCAACACUCCCCUAAAGCGAGCCUCACCUUCAGACAUGAACUGAUCGGUCAAACGACCUGUUUACAUUUUACAUGAAAGAUCCGUGUUCAGAUACCAGGUGAUGUUGCUCUGGACCAAAAGUCCUUCCAGAACCUGUCCCUCCUCUGAUUCCAACAGCCUAGACAUCAGCUCAGUGGUGCCAGUUAGCCAUUAGCUUAGAGGCUAGCAGUGCCUCUUUAACAGCUUUUCUUCGUUGAUAUACAAUCUAGCUCGAGCUGGCUCCUGUUUGAGAGAUGUGUUUCUUUUGUUCCAUUUUUGUGGUCCGGUAGAUAUAAGAGGAUAAACUGGUGCUAGCUGAAGAGCUGUUGAGGAGCUGAGACAAACCUCUAGAUCUCUAAGAGGAUCUAAGACCUGAGCGAGGCUGGAUGAGUCCAAACAUCAAAACUUGGUAUCUGAAUGUUCCAGUCGGGUAUAAAUCCCUGUUUUUACCUGAUCUUAACAGGGUUAAAGGGUACAUUUUUGUUUGUUUGUGUUGUUGUUUACUUGUUUUUACUGGGAUGUGAAAAUGCUUUUUAUGUGUUUACAUUUUCUAACCAAAUUAGAGGAAUUAUUUUAUAAUUUUAUUAAUUUUUAGCUUUUUACCUGAAAACAACAAAGGGAAACCAGACACCAAAAAACAUAUUAUUUAAAGCUUUCCACAUCAGAUUGUAUUUAAACUUAAGAGAACAUGUCUAAUAUCAGACAUUAAUGCUCUAACUGGUGAAUCUAACAUCAAACUGUCCAAUUAGAAUAAAAAGGGAGGGCAUGGAUCACCUGGUGGACCUGGUGGCAGCCCAGGUUCAGGUCCAGCCUGUGGAUCUUUCACUGUGUGUCUCUCAUCCCUGAUUCUGGUUCUAUCCGCUGUCCUAUCUCUCAGAUGACGGCAAAAAAACCAAAAAUAAAUCUUAAAAAUAGAACAGGAGCUUAAGAGGAGAACAGAAUCAGUGCUGACCAGAGUAAAAAUAAUCAUUCAUAAAAAUCAACCAACCACCUACACACCUGUAGAGUGCUGCAGUGGUGACUCCUAAAACCAGCCAUGAUUUAGCAUUUUAGCACUUCCUGUUUUAUCAUCUUCAAAUCUCUGGGAGUGUUUAAUGAGUUUAUGAAUGAGGCUAACUCAGACUAGAGUAUGUCAGGGAUGCUAAAUGUCACCACAGCAAACACAAAACUCAUCUACUAGUCUGACUUUAAAGGUCACAUAUUUCACCCCUUUAAGACAAGUGUAUAUCGGUCUCAGAGAUCCCCAAAACAUGCCUGUGAAGUUUGUUGCUGAAAAAACACUCCAGUUAUGGAUUUCUGCAUGUCU